AUGGACGGCCCCGACUCCCCCUUUGCGGAUGCCACCCUGCCGGGUGUGACCCCCUUUGAUCGCGGGGAUGAUGGCCCCAACACUCGGGACACUCGCGAGCAUGUUGGACCAGCUACAGUCCCCAGGACCUCCCCAAGCCCGGGUCUGCACAUGCCUCUGCAGCUGGGGGGUGCUGCCAGCAUCAGCAUCCUGAGCCCCUUCAUGCAGUCCCAGCCCGCCUCCUACGUGCGAUCUGCCAAUGGAGAGUGGAAGGCCCUGGACACGCUCGGCGAGGCCAGCGAGGAGACCCUGUCCCCCCGCACGUCGGUGCAGCCCCCCGAAUACCCGUCGUUGCCCUCCGAGGAAGCCUCCCGGCGCGGCCCCAGCACCGACGCCUCCCAGACCAUCUGUGUGCCGGAGGCGCGUCCACGAGGCGUGCCGGCCCAGUGCCAGGACACCCCCUUCCCACGCGACGCUGCUCCCUCACGGGAGGCCAGCAUGCACGGCGAGUCAACCCCCAGCGCGGCGCCCCCCCCCGCCAUCACGACGCAGCCACGGGAGGUGCCGCAGAAAGGGAGCGGCAAGCGCGAAGCCAAGGGCUCCUGGUCCUUCCCCAGCGCCGCGACCUCGGGGGCGGUGCAGCUGGACGGGCCGCGCCUGGCCCCGGCGAGGACGGUCCGAGUUCUGGUGACAACCAGUCCGGCGAUGGCCCCGGACCCCGGCGCCCCGGGGACGGAGGCCUCCCUGAGCCGCGAGUUCACGCGCCUGGUGGCCCUGCCCUUCACCACGUCGCGCGCAGAGCUGCUGCGCAACUGCCUGGCGGUGUUCACGAUGCGGUACCGCCUGCCGCAGGACCCCGACACGCUGGUGGAUCUGGUCGACGACGCCGACGUGGCGGCGAUGUGGGACGAGCUGGUGGACAAGAACGCGGGCCUGGCGGACGCGGGGCUGGCCCCCACCAAGCUCCACCUCUUCCUGUCCUCGCGCUGGGGCUGGGUGCGGCCCUCCGAGUCGGAGUCGGACGAGGUUGGCCUCUGCGUCCCGCCCACCCUGGGCAGCUCCAUGGGCUCCGCGGCGGACACCGCGGACGACGAUGACGACCUGGCCUCCGGGCCGGUGGCCGCGCCGGGGGACGUGUGGCUGUCCAGCAUGCUGGGCGCCGGGACCUACGGCGACAUGUACCGCGGGCGCUGGCGCGACUGCGACGUGGGCGUCAAGGUCAUCAACCCCGCGCUCAUGGGCAUGGAGCGCGCGGGGCGGCGCGACUGGCUCGACUUCCUCGCGGCGCGCGCCGAGAUGGUCAGCCUGCGCCACCCCAACCUGGCCGAGGUCUACGGCUUCGCCCACCAGCGCCUGCCGGGGCGCCUGGUGCGCGGGCCGGCCGUCAUCAUGGAGUACGUGUCGGGGCGCAGCAUGGGCACCGCGCUGCACCGCCGCGACGACGUCGUGGCGGGGCGCCAGCACCGCCUGCGCUUCCUCCUCGACACCGCGCGCGCCAUGGAGUACCUGCACGCCAAGGGCGUCACCCACUUUGACCUCAAGUCCUCCAACAUCCUGCUGGGCUGGCGCGGGCGGCGCCCCGUGGCAAAGGUCUGUGGGUACGGCAUGUCGCGGCACAGCCACGUGGGAACGCACGCCCCAAUGCCCAGCAGCCAUGGCGUCCUGCCCUGGACGGCGCCGGAGAUCGUCAGGGCGCCGGAGACCAUGUCGGCCAAGGUGGACAUCUAUUCGUUUGGCAUCGUGAUGUGGGAGGCGCUGACCAUGGCCGCGCCCUUCAAGGACGACCUGUCUGCCUACCUGCUCCGCCUGGUGAACACCCGGGAUGUCAUCCGGCCGCCCGUGCCAGGACUGGACGGCGAGCUGGGCAGCGUGGUCGAGCCUGGGCCUGGCUGGAUCGCGCUGAUGCAGGAGUGCUGGGCGGAGGACCCCGCGGCCCGGCCCGACUUCCCCACCGUCGUGGACAGGCUGCGCAGGAUCGCAGGCAGGGCGCGCGCCGAGGAGGCCGCCGCCAAGCAGGCAGGGCCCCUGAGCCCCCGGGCAGAGCGCGACUGA